UUCCCAGUCUGUGAUGGAGGAACAAAAGGGUGUCCAGGGGACUCAACCUCAGGUGGGUCCUUGUGCUUACCUUCCUAACCCAGCGUCCUGGCAGUCAGCUCCAUCCUGGGCAGGGGGAUCCUGGGGGCCUGACAGGCGAGGGGCCAGGGUUAAAAAAGGAACAGGGAGUCCCUUGGUGUGGAUAGGAGCUUCGAGGACAGCAUCCCUCAUUUCUGAACAUACCUGCCAGGGUGGUGGUGGGGGUCCUGGGUGCCGUCAGCACUGCUGACCGCGCCCCUUCCCCAAAGUGGGGAGAGCCUGACCCUCUGGGGAUUGGAGAAAGAUACCCCACCACCCCCAGCCCACCCCAUCUCCCUUCACAUCACUGGCCCAAUUAUGCUCACAUCCACAGGCACACACAUGCUGGGUAAAGAGCUUUCCAGUGUUGCUUCCUCUCCCAGCUACACCAAGAGGCAGCAAAAUCAGCUCCACUUGCCAGGAGAAUGAAUUGAGGGGCUGAGGCUCAGGCCACAGCCUGGAGUCAGAGCCUCAGGAGCUGCUGGGGAAGCCUGAAGUGUCCCCACCAGGCUGGUGCGGGGCAGAGUGGGAGAGCUGUGGCUUCCCAAAGACCUGUUGGUGGAGUAAUCCCCCAAAGGAGGGCCUUUUCCCAGGUGUGCGGGGCGGCGUGGGGGGGGGGGGGGGGGAGACACCUAUACAAGAGAGCCUAUGGUCUUUGGGAGGUCCCAGGCCCACAACAGAAGGGAAAUACACCCUCCCCACCCCAACCUCAAAAGUCAAGGGCACUGGGAUUCAAAGUGCCCUCCCCUUUCAUUUCCAUCCUUACUUGGUGGCCUUGGCAUGUCACUCCUGGCCCCCAGCCUCUGUUUCCUCCUCUUUAAGUGGGCAUAAUAGCGCCUCCCCCCAAUUAAUUGGGGGAGUCUGUUUAAAGUGUUUUGCUCCGGUAAAUGCCAGCGAUUGUUGCUGGAACACAGCCGCGGCCCUGGGAUCAGAGCAUGUGCCUGGUGAUCUCAGACCUCUGUCUUCUCUGCUGGUGGCCCUGCCUGGACACCGCCCCCUCUGACCCUCUCUGCAGUGGCCUGCCAGAGAGCCCACAAGACUUAGCCACGCCCCUAAGCCCACCCCACUAAUAAACAGCUGCCUAGCCUGCCCCACAGUUCUCUGGCACUUUCCAGUCCUCUGGAGUCACAGUGGCUGCUGCACCAUGCGGUCUCCAGGCUUUGCACUCGCCUUCCUCACUGUGCCACUGGUGGUGCGCGGGGACUCAGAGGGCACCUGGUGCUACGACUCCCAGGACCCAAAGUGUGGUGAGGACAGAGUGUCAUGUGAGGCUAUAUGGUAUCAGUCUUUGUCCUGUGGCCACUAGACAGUCUGAUGCUAGCAUGAACCAAAAGCAGUGUGCAUGCCAAGCUUCUCUGGUUUCUGCAGGCCCCACCCACUGGAAGGAGAUGGCCCCUGCCUGUGGGGGCCCAGCCCAGUCCCCCAUCAACAUUGACCUUCACUUGGUUCAGCGGGACCCCACCCUGGGACCCUUCAUCUUACAGGGCUACAACACAGCACCUCCAGGCCCGUGGACCCUGGAGAAUGAUGGCCAUACAGUGCUGCUCCACAUAGACGCUGGCCCACAGAGCCACCUGGAGAUUCGGGGCGCCGGGCUGCCACUGCCUGCCUACCGCGCACUGCAGCUGCACUUCCACUGGGGGGGCCCUGGUCGAGCAGGUUCAGAGCACAGCCUGGAUGGGCAGCGCCGCCCCAUGGAGAUGCACGUGGUCCACAUGAACACGAGGUACCAGAGCAUGGGGGAAGCUCGAGGUCACCCCGAUGGGCUGGCUGUGCUGGCGGUGCUGUUAGUGCCCCCUCCCCAGGAGCAGGACACUGACAACGCCAACUUCUCCGUCCUGGUAUCCAGCCUGAAGAACGUGUCUGAGCGCGGAGUCUCUGUGAAUCUGGCCUCCACCUUCCCGCUGGCCUCGCUGCUGCCGGGCGCCUCAGGCCUCUCGCGCUACUACCGCUACUCGGGGUCGCUGACCACGCCUGGCUGCCAGCCUGCGGUUGUCUGGACUGUCUUCGAGGACGCGGUACCCAUCGGGCGCUCACAGCCCUCAGGUGGCCCAGUUCCAGACCAUGCUCCAGGCUGGGCUCCCCGGCUCUCACCCUGCACCGCUCACCGAGAACUUCCGCCCGCAGCAGCCUCUCGGGGGUCGCAGGGUCUCGGCCUCUCCAGGUGCCUCCAUCCGCGCAGCAGCCUCGGUGCCCGCCCCAACCCUAGCCCGUGUGCACGCGGCUCUGCUGGGCCUGUGGCUCUGGCAGAGCCCCUAGGAACCAGAUUCGACCCCUUCCCGCAAUAAACGAUACACAGAGUGACCUUGGCCUCACAUAUUUUGCGGGGGUGGGGUGGGAAUACACAACCUCUCCCACGGAGGCGAGAUUCCUGCCCGAAUUCCACUGAGGCCUCAGUGUGCCUGCCAUACAACAGGGGACCCCUGAGCGACCCUCCCCCACCCCAUCACAGCCAGUCCCAUACCUGUAUCCAGAACACACACACCUCCCCAGAUCCCUCUGAUCCCCCAUUUCCAAGGAGAAAAACUAGCAGGUCUUGGAAACGCCACCUGUUAAAGUCUAAUACUACACUUUAUUUAAAAACAAAAACAAAAACAAAAAAAAAACGAGCUGGCUGACCCCAGGACACUGUGCGCUAUUAAAUGAUGACUUCAACUGACGUUUCCGAAGCCAGGAGGUGAGAAGCUACCGGUUCCAGGCUCUGCUGCAGGCUGUGCUAGGUGGGGUAGGUCCUGGUGACAAGGACAGCUAGUGAAGGGCUCUCUGUGCAAGGUGAAACCACUCCCCGGUGACACUGGGAAGUUAGGCUAUGGAACCUGAGUGUAGGGUGACACUUUCUGGAGAGACAGUGGUGUCCAGGUGUCUGCCUGUGGUGAGGCUAAGUGAAAGGUUAAGUGUCCUUGGUGUCACUGUCCAUAACGAAGCUAAGAGUCCCAAGAACAUUGACUAGAUGCCACUGUGCCCAGGCAAUGUUGUCCAGUAAGAGUUUGGGUCUGUCAGCAGAGUGAAGCUGGCCAGGGACUAGCUGUGGUCCAGUUGAUGCCCUGCAGACUGCGGUUGUAUAUCCAGGCGGCAUUGCCCUGGGUGAGUCUGUGUCCAGGUAACAAUGUCCCAGCAGCCCACAUGUCCCUAACAUCUAUUGAGUAGUGUGUGGGUCACACACUAUAUCAGUGUCUGGAGGCCCAGCCUCCAGCCCAAGACCCUUAAUACAAAACAAAUACAAACAAAAACCUGUAACACCCUCCCCUGAGAAAGACCCUUGGGCUCUCCCGGAGGCUCUCUGGGAGGCUGCCACAUCCCUGGCCCAGACCCUUCUGCAGCUCUAAGACCAGAAAGGUAUCCACCCCUCUUCCAGCCCCCGACUCAGUCUCCAGCGAAGAUCACUGGCUGCGCGGAGGCUCUCCGCACUCCCCAGACGUGACCCUCGACAGUCCUCAGCUUUGGCGCGUCCCGCCACCCACACCCUAACGCUGGAGCGCUAGCAGGCGGCUUCUGAGGACCCUUCUCCAUCUACAAGGGUGGUGUAUCUGUCCAUAUAAAUAGAUAGGAGGAGGGCACUUCCUGCACCUGGUCGCGGCUACCCUCGGCAGGGCAGCCCUCAAUCCCCGCCGCCCUGCGGGGCCCCUGGCGGCAGCGGCGUCUUCUUGAAGUUCUUCCAGGCCAGGGCCCGGUUCGCGCUGCCGUCGGCAGGGCCGUCCGGUGCGUCGUCGGCGUGCCUCGCGACCGUGGCCAGGGCGUUCAUGGUGCCCAGCGCUCGCAGCAGGGUCGGGCCGCGGGGCGCGGCGCGGGGGGCUGCGCGGGGCUCCCGGCGGGCGGACCGCGGCGGGGGCGGCAGCAGUGCGCGCAGGGCGUCCAGCUCGGCACGCAGCUCCGCGCGCAGCGCCUCGAGCCCCGCGCCCAGCUCCGCGCGCACUGCCGCCAGGCCCUCCUGAAGCCGCCGCUCGCUCACCUCCAGGACGCCCGCCGGCAAGAUAUCAGGAUUCCAGGCCUGAUGUGAUCUCCUGGUUGGACUAAGGCAAAUUCCCAUGGAUGCUAUGAAGGACAUCUCUAGGGGGCCUUCUCCAGGUGAACAGGCCAAGAAAUAAGAACUUGAACCAAAGAUUCAAGUCUGAACUACAUUAUUUCUGAAGACUUUCCCCCAUAGAAUAGCAGAAAAAUUCAAGUCAGAUGGCAUUUUGUACUCCCUAAGUGAAGUCUCAGAUUUUAGUGAUUACUUAGGGUAUCACUGGAGAAUCCACCUGAUCUGGAGGCUGGAAGUCCAGGAGCAGGGUGCCAGCGCAGUCGGACUCUGAUCAAGAGAAGUCACAACCAAAGUCAAAUGAAGAACUACAUCCAAGGAGCCUUACCUGCACUUGUACCUGAUUUAGAUACUGGAUUUAGAUUCUGGACCUUGAACCUGAGCCCAGUGCCAUAGUAGGAUAAGACUUGGGGGCAGAGCUUGCAAGGGGUGAGUGUAUUUUGCAUGUGGGAAGAAUGAAUGUAAAUACUUUUUGGUCAAAGAGCAAACUGUGGUGGUUUUUAAAAAUGGCCCCAGGGGCGCCUGGGUGGCUCAGUUGUUUGAAUGUCCAACUUCACCUCAGGUCAUGAUCUCAUGGUUUGUGAGUUCAAAGCCCCAUAUUGGGCUCACUGGUGUCAGCAAGGAGCCUCCUUCAGUUCCUCUGCCCCCUCUCUCUCUGCCCCUCCCCUGCUUGUGCUCUCUUAAAAAUAAAUAAAACAUUUAAAACAAUAAAAAGAAAAUAAAUAAAAAUG